AUGGAAGAUCUGAAAGGACACCUCGACAGAGUCGAUACAGCACCAGAACACGAACUCUCAGGCCGCCACUUCCACAUCGUGGUGUUCGACGAACUUGAGCUCUGCAAGUAUUCCGCACAAGAAGCCAUUACUCACGGAGUAACCCGCAUCAACUCGGUUUUCACAGCAAAAGUGCUUUACGAGGUCAUCUUUCCACAGCAUCUCAGGGGUGAAACGAGAUAUCUCAAGGGUCCAAGGUUCAUGGAUCGUAACUCGAGAUCAUUCCCAGACUUCCUCAUGGAGGAAGAUUGGUAUUACAAACCAGGAAAGUUGAACGGAAGACCCAAUGUUCUCUUUGCGGGUCGAGUCGGUCGGGUCGAGAACAAGCCAUAUAUCUAUCCCGAGUGCGAGAAAGACCGCUGGUUCCUGGACGAUCCGAUUCGAGCGCAUAUGCCAGCGUCUCUGGGUUUCGACGAACGAGAGCCAGAUAGGCAUGGAUGUGUGGUAUUUUCUCUGAGGCCUGACUACGAUACUCUGCGAUCUCGUGGGUUGAAUUGUGCAAGGUCCAUGACCCAGACUAUCCUUGGCGGCGAGAUGGAUGUGCUCGAGUUUGUGUUCCAAAACUAUGGCGAGGAUGUGGCCAUGAGGCAUGAAAAUCAACCUUGGCGCUGGAUGUAUCUGUCUCGAUCAAAGGUCGUAGAACCGGAUUUUGCAAAAGCCAUGUUUGGUGCUGCACAAGCUGUCUUAGACCAGCGGUUGACUUACCAAUGUCGAAAGAUGCUUCACAACCUGUUGAAGACAUGUGGAGCGCCAAAACAGAUAUUGGAGAGUAAACGCUCUAUUGUCGGGUGGAAAGUUAUAGAGGACAAAUGGCGAUCGGAUAGCUCGGGGAUCCAGCUCAUUCCAGAUGAGCAUCGACUCAUUGACAACAUCAAAUUCGAAGUUGGGAAACGCAUUCCACCUGGUGGGUCGGAUAAAAAGGAUAGCACAGCUGUUCUUAAACGUGACAAGAAGGUCAUGUCGCGUUCGCAGACUCUGGCGGACCAGAGCUGGGACUGGAUGGAUAUCCAGUCCAACUUAUCUAGUCCAAUCCAUAUCUAGAGGACCCCCUUUCCAAGUCCACAAUAUCUAGUUAAUAUCUACUAAUGACUAGAUAUCCAUUUGGACUUCAUAUCCAGUCAUAUCCAGUC